CGAGAUCCAGCCCGGCUCUCCUGCCACUGGCCUGAGACUUCCUGCCAACAGAGCCCUCACUUUCUUACCUCCUCCCAGGGAGCCAGUCUGGGGACGGGAUGGCACUCCUGGAAGCGAUCCUCUUCUCCUCCCUCUGGGCUUUUGGCCUUGGGCAAUUAAAGUGGGAGCAACCUGAAAUAUCAGUUACUGGAGUAAGAGAUAAGAGUGUAGUUAUAUCUUGCAAGGUAUCCUCUCAAGACUUUAGCAACGAAUACAUCCACUGGUACCGGCAUAAACCAAAUCAGGGUAUAGAACAUCUAGCAUACGUCGUAACAGUCCCUGCUCUAAAAGACUUAGGAGGGAAGAAAAACAAGAUUGAGGCCAGAAAAGACGUCCCCACCUCCACUUCUACCUUGAACAUAAGAUUCUUACAGAAAGAAGAUGAGGCCACGUACUACUGUGCCUGGCGCUCUAACCAUUGUGAUAGCUCAGGUUGGAUCAAGAUAUUUGGAGGAGGAACUAAGCUCAUAGUAACUCUCCCUGAUAGAAGCCUUGAUGGAGACAUGUCUCCCAAGCCCACUAUAUUUCUUCCUUCGAUUGAUGAAAUAAACCUCCAUGAGGCUGGAACACAUCUUUGCCUUCUCGAGAAGUUUUUCCCUGAUGUCAUUAAGGUCUAUUGGAAAGAAAAGAAUGGCAACAGAGUUCUGGAAUCCCAGCAGGGAAAUAUCAUCAAGACUAAUGAUACAUACAUGAAAUUCAGCUGGCUGACCAUGACUAAAAAGUCAAUGGAUAAUGAACUCGUAUGUAUCGUCAAACACGAGAAUAAUAAAAGAGGAAUUGAUCAAGAGAUUCUUUUCCCUUCAAUUGAGAAUAAUAAAAGAGGAAUUGAUCAAGAGAUUCUUUUCCCUUCAAUUAACAAAGAGGUCACUACACAUGCCUGCGUGAAAAAAGGAAGUGAUUCCCUGCAGCUGCAGCUCAUGAACACCUGUGCCUGCUACACCUACCUCCUUCUCCUCCUCAAGAGCUUGGUCUACUUUGUCAUCAUCUCCUUCUGUGUGUGUAGAAGAACAGCCGUCUGCGGCCAUGCGAAGAGCUCGUGACAGAGGACACCACAAACGGGUCACCUUUCCUUCAUCAUCUCUUGUCUCUAAAAGUGUCUGCUGAGGAUCUAGCUGGGCUUCCUUUCUGGGUUUGGGUUAUUUCAGUUCACAUGUGUAUUCUUCUAUGUGCCAUUAUUGUGUAAGGGCUUUUCAAACCACUGGGCAAGCAGACAGUUUGACUCCGUAACAGGGAAUUCUACCAUUACUCAGGGGCAGGGCCCAGGGCUGGCCCAGGGGAGCCUCUCCCACCACUGUCCCCACAACCUCCUCAGGUCCUCCUGCCCCCGAGUC